UGACGUCCUUUCGUACGAGGUUUCGCAUUAAGGUUUUUCGCUACAAUUUCGGGCAAAGAUGCAAGUCCCAGGAUGUCCUUUCAUCCCAGGUUUUUCACUUCGAGGUUCUUCCACUCAAUUUCUCAGCGAUGACGUGGCUCAAAAGCGCCCGGAACACGAGAUCCAGCCCUAACCGGAAAACGGCCAACAGGAAAAAAAAAGGGUGAAGCGCAGCUCGGGUGGCAGAGGAAGGGCGCACGUCAUUCAACAGCUCCCGUGCUUCGCUUCUUAAAGCGCCGACGAUGCUGGCGAGCGGCUGCCGCGCCUCGCACCACCUCCGGGAGUGCGAUCCCCACCGCCGCCGCCGCUUGGGCCUCGGGCUCGGGCUCGGGCUCGGGCUCUGCGGCGCCAGGAUCGUCCAGCUCUCGUCCCUCAUGCGGAAGCCCCCCGCCGCCUCCGCAGACGGCGGCGGCGGCCGCCGGCGGUCGCGGAACCGAUCGGGCUCUUCCUCCUCCUCCUGCUCCAGCGUCCCCUCCCAAUCGCGCGGCGGCGGCGUCCCCAUUCUCUCCGAUUGUUUCAGCCAACAGGAAAAUGCUCGCGAGCCUGUCUCUGAAGGGUCGUCCUUGGUGGCAGGAGGUAUCGUGGCUCUUGGAAAGUUUGAUGCGCUCCACAUUGGUCACAGAGAACUUGCUGUUCAAGCAUCAAAAGUUGGAACACCAUUCCUUUUGUCCUUUGUAGGAAUGGCUGAGGUACUUGGUUGGGAACCUAGGGUACCUAUAGUUGCCAAGUCUGAUCGGCAGCGGGUUUUGUCAUCAUGGGCAUCAUACUGUGGCAAUGUCGUCCCUAUAGAGUUUCAAAUAGAAUUUUCAACUGUCCGAUAUCUCAGCCCUGAACAGUUUGUUGAGAAGCUAUCUAAAGAGCUAGGCGUGCGAGGAGUUGUGGCAGGUGAAAAUUACCGGUUUGGAUAUAAAGCUGCUGGUGAUGCAUUGGAAUUAGCAAGGCUGUGUCAGGAACGUGGUAUGGGUGCUUAUAUAAUAAAGUCUGUAAUGGACAAGAACCAAGAAUUCAGCCAUAUGGACGACAGCGAUUUAAAUGAGAAAGGACAAGUCUCAUCCACUCGUGUACGGCAUGCACUUGCUGCGGGAGAUGUGAACUAUGUGUCUGAGCUCUUGGGUCGCCGUCAUCGUCUUGUUAUAGAGACCAAGGGUCAAGAAGGUUUUGGUAGCCAAAAACAUAGUAUUUCGGCUCCCAAAUCCUGUUUAUUAAAUCUGGCCCCAAAGGAUGGAACAUAUGAUAAUUGUUUCGUUGUCAUUGGUCAGGAAAACUUAGUACCGUGUAGUGUAGUAAUAGACUCAACAGCUAUCCAUGUGCGAAUGGAUAAAACAGGUUUGUGUAAUGAUUUUGGUACUCGUGACUUUCAGCUCUUGCGUAUUGAAUUUGGUGAUUCAAGAGUCUGACUAUGCGUAUAAUAUAUGGCUGGUGAUUCUCUCUUCAUAGUUAAGUUUUAGUGUUCAUCCAUGUUCGGUGGUGAUUCUCUCUUUAUAGACAUGAAAGCUUUGAAGGGCUGCUCGUGGUUUAAGGGUCAAACAUGAUCUGUCUCUUUACUACAUUACUCUGACCUCACAAAAUAUGUACCUUCAUCAUCAGAGCGCACAUAUGCCAUUUGAUGGAGGAAUAUCUCCUUCAAUGUGCAUGCAUUGGGAUUCAGCAAAAAUGGAUAUGACCCUCAAGAGAAUUGGUUGACCAGCAAAAGCAAAGUGUGCACAUUCAAGUGUGAUGUAGAGAUGGCUAAACCAAGUUUGGCGUGUCAAGCUACGUCAACCUGAUUGAUUCGACCUUUAGGUUCCAAAAAUGGUUUGUCGUUUUAGCUGGAACUAUGCAAAUUCUUCUUCCUCUUGCAAAUGUUAGAUGAAACUGGCUACUUGCCUUUUACCAAAUCAUAUUAUCACUACAAGGAUGGGAACUUUCUAGAUUUUCUUUUACACUCGAUGAAGUCCUGUCAUUCAGGGAA